UGGGGGAGGGGGGAGGAGAGAGAGAGAGGUUCUUUUUUAGAGUAGGUGAAGGAGAUAAAGGUGGGAUUUUUACGAAGUUGAAGCACCAAAGCUCCGGGCUUUUGGAUGGCAGGAGAUAGCGGGAAGAAAGCGGGACUAGGAGGUGAGGAAGCUAGGAUGUGGGAUCUCAACAACGCCGCCUUGGUGGAGGAGGAGGAGGGUUGCUGCUCUCCCGCCGCCGUGGACGGCGGAGAGGAGAAGGAGGCGGCGCCGGGAACCGCCUCCACAUCUGCGGAGGCAGACAACGAGAAGGACGACUCCAGCUCUUCCGCCAUCGUCGUCGAGGCCUCCGACGAGAGGGAGGCCGACGUUGGUGGCGCCGGGAAGCUCUUCGGGUUCUCCAUCUCCGGCCACCGGGACAGGAGUACCUCCGCCGUCGUGACCCACCAGUUCUUCCCCCUCGGCAGCCCGGAGGGGACGGGCGGCGGGGCCGGCGAGGUCCUGGAGGCGGCGCCGCCUCGGGCCCACUGGGUCGGGGUCCGGUUCUUCCAGUCGUCGGAGCCGGGGGUGGUGGGGAAGGCCGUGGAGGCGCCGCAGCCCGUGAAGAAAAGCCGGCGGGGGCCCCGGUCGAGGAGCUCCCAAUACCGUGGGGUCACUUUCUACCGGAGGACCGGGCGGUGGGAAUCCCAUAUAUGGGACUGUGGAAAGCAAGUUUAUUUGGGUGGAUUCGACACCGCACACGCUGCUGCUAGGGCUUAUGAUCGAGCGGCGAUCAAAUUUCGCGGGGUGGAUGCAGAUAUAAACUUUAGUCUGGAUGAUUAUGAGGAGGAUCUGAAACAGAUGAGCAAUCUCACCAAGGAGGAAUUUGUCCAAGUACUUCGGCGCCAGAGUACUGGAUUUCCAAGAGGAAGCUCUAGGUUUAGGGGAGUCACCUUGCACAAGUGUGGGAGAUGGGAGGCUAGAAUGGGCCAGUUCUUGGGGAAAAAAUAUGUGUAUCUAGGCCUUUUCGACACUGAAGAGGAAGCUGCAAGGGCUUAUGAUAAGGCUGCAAUCAAGUGUAAUGGGAAGGAUGCAGUGACCAACUUCGAUCCUAGCAUCUACGAGAAUGAGCUUGAUCCUCCCACUAGCAACACUGAGCACAAUCUUGACCUUUGCUUGGGGAGCUCAGGCACCAAAAGGAAUAAUCUGGAACCAAUGGAUGACGAAAGCUCCAACGCAAUGGAUCAGCGACUACCAAUAGCCUUCGACCCAGAAUGGAAUCGGAGCACUAGGCUGAAGUUUGAUGACAAGCUUAAGCUUCCCGAAGAGAAAGAAAGCAGAAUCCACCAUCCCCACAGCAAUGCAUGCUUCCAGUCUCCUGUUCCUUUCAACGGCAAUGAGAUGUUCAAGUAUCCACUGCUGCAGAGGAACGGUGAUGCAUUCCCCAUGUUCCAAAUCAUCCCACAGCAGUUCAAUUCCUCUGGUUUUCAUCAACAUCCAGGCUGCAUUGAUGGAGCAAGAACUGUAGGAGGAGGUAGCCUUUCAUUAGCUAUUGGCUGCGAGCAACAACAGAAGCAUUCGUUUUGGGGAAAUGGUGGAAACAAUUGGCCGUCGGCUUCCACCCUGCCUUCCCAGAUGUUUGCCAUGACCACUAGUGCAGCAUCAUCAGGAUUCCCACCGCAAAUAGCAAAACUGCCCCCAAGUUGGCAGCAGAAGAAUGGGUUCAGUCUCUCAUGAGAUCCAACCGCAACAGUCGAGAUACAGUGAUGGUAUCUAAUUUCUCUGUUGCUAGUGGACCCAUAAGUUUGGUAUUGUUUUGUUUCAGCUUUCAUACAACAGCAACAAAACUUCCCGAAAUUAAAUCUUUGUAGAGAUUGGGUGAUGGCUUCCUCGAGGAUGGCUCUAUUUUUUGCUGGCCUAGGAUUCAUAUUUUUGCUCCUGAUUAUUUUGUUUGAUCUUAUGUUUUGCCUUUUCUCCCUCGGAAUUUAUCUGCUGUUAGGCAAGGCCAAACGAAUUGGACAAUGGAAAAGGAAGGGGGAGAAAUUUUGGUGUUAUUACCACUUUAGUUAUUAUCAAUUUAAGGCUAGAGCUGAAGUAAUACCAAACUACUCUUAUGGACUCUAGAGUAACAAAGAAGGUUGUCGUUACCAUUAAACUAGUGGAAAAACUUCUAACUGUAAUGUCUAUUCCUUGGUGAAUGUAAAGAGCAGAGUCUAUCUUACAGGGAGAGAACAAUCAGAGAGAAAUGCGACUGCAUGAUAAGUUCUUUGAAUCAGAGGAGGGCAAUUAUGAUGAGAGGGACAUCACAGCGCGUAGCCAGGCCAAGGUGGAAGAUGGGAGCUUCCACCCUUCUUCUUUUUAUGUUUUAUUUUUUAUUUUGCACUCCUUGUGAUUUGGGUUGCCUGUCAGUGUCAUCUAACUCGUGUGGUUGGGAUAGGUUUUAAACAGCAGCCAAUAUUGUGGUUCCAAACAUCUCCCUUGUAGGUGGCAGUAUUACCUAUGUGGUUAUGACUGUUAUGAAAGCGUUGCAUAAAGGAUUAAUUAAUGCACUCAUUAUUUGAAGCA